CAUCUCCAUCUGAUUUGUGAGGCGCAACAUCCAGCCAGCAAAGGAUGGCCUCCAUUGCUCAGAGGAGAGAUGAAAGAUAUGAGGAACUAUAUGCUGACAUAAUCUCUCUAUAAGAAAAUAUAGCUGCACUCUCAUCCUUAAGAGAAGCUGAAAUGUUAUCCCUUAAAGAAACUAUGGUUGAAAUCUCGUCCGCAAGAGAUGCUGAAAUUUCUUCCUUAAAAGAAACUCUGAUGAAAUUGAUAGCCAUUAUGAACAUUGUAAACAAUAACCCACCCACAGUAUUCGGUGUUGCAGCUAGUUCUAACAUGAACCAACCAUCCUCAUCAUCAAGCCAUUGGGUGACCUCUCGGAAACACUCGACGAAUAAGGGGAAGACCACGAGUUGCACUAGUGUCGGGGAUGUGACUGGAGUUAGUCUUACAAGUAUCACGAAACCCGGGGUUACUAUUGCUAAAGGAGUUGUUUUGAGCAAGGAUCCGCUCACAAAAGUAGGGGGGCAUGAACUUAGAAUUGGUUUCUGGGAAGUAUUAAUUCAUGUGGCAAUAGUACGGGAUGAGGUUUUGAUAAGACCCUAUAGACGAUAUAAAACAAUUGGGGAUGUUAUUGGAACGAGUAUUGUUUGGCCCUCUAUUUUGUGUAAGGUUUAAGGAGAGAUGGAUUGAGCUAAAUGAAAGGAUCUCUCUCUCUCUCUCUCUCUCUCUCUCUCUCUCUCUCUUGGAAAUAUUUUAUAUUUUG